GUUGGGGCAGAAUUCCAGGCCCACAGCGCCAGACGGGUCGCGCCGCCCUCCUGGCUCCGCGGCUUCUGCCGCGAGCCGGCCUUGCGCGCUCGCUUUGCCGCUGGGCGGGCCUGGCGCCCGGGCCCCGCACCGCUGGCCGCCUGAGGAGAGCCGCUGGCCGAGGUCGCCGCCAGGCUGUUUGCAGAUGCCUUGAUCAAACUUGGGGACUUCAUUAAAAUGAAAUAACCACAAUUUAGGUGAAAGAGAUACUGGGAUAUUUCUGUAUCUUGAAGAUAAAGCAGAAAUCUUCUUUGGAGUAGAUGGAUUUUUCUCACUUUCUGUGAACUAAAGCGAUUCAAUGUCUCUUUUGGAUUGUUUCUGUACUUCACGAACACAAGUUGAAUCACUCAGACCUGAAAAACAGUCUGAAACCAGUACCCAUCAAAACUUGGUUGAUGAGCCAACCCUUUCCUUGUUGCCUCCAUCCACUAGAGCCAAUGAAGUGAUCUGUUCCACCAACGUUUCUCACUAUGAACUCCAAGUGGAAAUAGGAAGAGGAUUUGACAACUUGACUUCUGUCCAUCUUGCACGGCAUACUCCUACAGGAACACUGGUCACUGUAAAAAUUACAAAUCUGGAAAACUGCACUGAAGAACGCCUGAAAGCUUUACAGAAAGCAGUGAUUCUAUCCCACUUUUUCCAGCAUCCCAAUAUUACAACUUACUGGACUGUUUUCACUGUUGGCAGCUGGCUUUGGGUUGUUUCUCCUUUUAUGGCCUAUGGUUCAGCAAGUCAACUCUUGAGGACUUACUUUCCUGAAGGAAUGAGUGAAACUUUAAUAAGAAACAUUCUCUUUGGAGCAGUGAGAGGGUUGAACUAUCUGCAUCAAAAUGGCUGUAUUCACAGGAGUAUUAAAGCCAGCCAUAUCCUCAUUUCUGGUGAUGGCCUAGUGACCCUCUCUGGCCUGUCCCAUCUGCAUAGUUUGGUUAAGCACGGACAGAAGCAUAGGGCUGUGUAUGAUUUCCCACAGUUCAGCACAUCAGUGCAGCCGUGGCUGAGUCCAGAACUACUGAGACAGGAUUUACAUGGAUAUAAUGUAAAGUCAGAUAUUUACAGCGUUGGGAUUACAGCAUGUGAAUUGGCCAGUGGGCAGGUACCUUUCCAGGACAUGCACAGGACUCAGAUGUUGUUACAGAAACUGAAAGGCCCUCCUUAUAGCCCAUUGGAUAUCAGUAUUUUCCCUCAGUCAGAAUCCAGAAUGAAAAAUUCCCGAUCAGGUGUAGACUCUGGGAUUGGAGAAAGUGUACAUGUCUCCAGUGGAACUCGCACAGUAAAUAGUGACAGAUUGCAAACACCGCCCUCAAAAACAUUCUCUCCUGCCUUCCUUAGCUUGGUACAGCUCUGUUUGCAGCAAGAACCUGAGAAAAGGCCAUCAGCAAGCAGUUUAUUAUCCCAUGUUUUCUUCAAACAGAUGAAGGAAGAAAGCCAGAGUUCAAUACUUUCACUGUUGCCUCCUGCUUGUCACAGGCCAUCAACAGCUCCACCUCCAGUGUCACCUUGGACUGAGCCGGAAUGGGAUUUUCCUGAUGAAAAAGAUACAAACUGGGAAUUCUAGGGCUGCCAAACCCUUUUAUGUCCUAUAUACUUGACACUUUCUCCCUGCUGCUUUUUCUUCUGUAUUGCUCGGUACAAAUACUAGAAUUAUACUUGAAAAUACAGUUGGUGCACUGGAGAAUCUAUCAUUUAAAACCACUCUGUUCAAAGGAGCAUGAGGUUAUAGCCCCUUUGGUUAGCUCAGAGUGCUAUUAUAACUCCAGGGAAACUUUGGAAUUAUUAAUCUAACUACAUUUAAUGUCAUCUGUUCUCAGAAUUUUUUCCCAAGCUGUGACUAGCUCUUCUUUUUGAUCUCUCAGUAUAAUUUUUGAGCCAGUUAAAUUUUUCAGCAUUUUGCUGCCCUCAGGGGAAUGAGCCCUCAGAGGACAUUGCUUCCAAGUACAUUUUUUACUUCCAGAUUCACUAGCCUUUUUAAUCAGCUAUUGUUAAACCAACAGGCUAGUUUAUCCUGGCAUCAAACCUGUUUUUGAUAGAAGGGAAACUGUUUAUACUUUCCCAUUUUCAUGUGUUAAUUCUUACGGUAAUAUCAAACUGAGCCUCACUCACAUUAAAUGAUUCACUUGAAAUAUA